AUCUUGUGCAGUUGGAUCACUCUGCAUGGAAGGCGUAAUCUCCCAUGAGUACAAUCGCACUUUCGCUCGUCGAAUCAUCAUCGCCCCCGACCUAGCGAAAUGGCCGGGAAUAACCUUAGACGGCGCCGGUCGCUCGGAGGAUGGACAGGUCUUGAUCGGUCCCACGAAGGCGGAGGCUCAGUCGUUUAAAAUGAAGCGGCUGGCCUUCAUCGACUCUCGAGAUUCGUCUCGUCUUUGCAAAUGCUUCGCUUCGUCCGCCGAUGGCAAGCUUCUGGCAGCAUCGUUCGAGGGCAACGACAUCCUUGUCUGGCGACUAUCCGACGGUCUACUGGUCCAACGUCUACACCAUCAGGGUCAUACAGACGAAGUUUCUUCCCUCUCAUUCUCUCCCAUCGAUUACACUCUUGUCUCAGGGUCGAAUGACAAGACCGCUAUUGUCUGGAAUAUUCAAGAUGGUCGAGUACUUCUACGUCUGGAAGGGCACAACGGUCCGAUGAAGAUGGUCGCAUAUGCUCCUCAUGGCGCGCUCAUUUCCACUCAUUCCGUCGAAGGCAAAUACGUGGAGGUUUGGAAUGCAACGACUGGAGAGUGCCUGCAUACUUUCAGCUUUGACGAAGAAAUAUCCAAGUUCGCCAUCUCCGCGGAUAGCUCACGUCUUUGCGCUCAGAAAGGCGAGUCUUGCCUCAUCUACGACCUACACACCUACAAACACAUUGCUACGUUACGGCAUCACGUGGACGAGAAGCUUCACUGGUCAAUUUCACCCCAAGGAGAUCGUAUAGUCACCAUCACUCGGGGGGAGCCAGGUGAAAUAAAGAUUUGGAGCAUGGUGACGGGCGAAGACCUUCUCACAAUCAAUCCCCCAAAUGACCUCUCGUUCAAUGUGGCAUUUUUCCCGGACGGCGCCGAGAUAUUGACGACUCGUAAGGACAGCGCCGCUACUACAUAUGACUCACGGACGGGUCAGCCGCGCCACGUCUACAGCUUACCAGCCGAGGCAAAUUGUGUAGCGUAUUCUCCAAACGGGAACUACCUUGCUUUCCGUCCCAUGUUCAGACCUCUUCAAGUUUACGAUACGAAAUCUGCAGCCCUUCUCGCGGAGCUUGAGGUUGGUAGAGAACAAGAUGCUGUCAUGGAGAUUCAGUUUCUUUCCGACAGCCAGACUCUCGUCACACGAUCAGACCAUGGACCUUUGCUUCUGUAUAACAUUCGGGAUGUAUUACGAUUGCGGUAGUGUAGUAUUUGCGAAGCAAUGCUUGGCUCGUUCAGAAGUAAGACGUUUAGGAAGCCUAUAACAAAUAUGAUGUAAAAAGCGCCGGCAUACGAUGCAAGU